AUGCUUGCCCGUCUUAAAAACAUAUUCACCCCCUCCACCAAUCCUUCCGUACUUCUUGUUGUUGGCAAGUUUGGUGCUAGAAUCCAUGUUCUUCAUCUUAUACCCGAGGACGGCACCAUCGAACGCUUUUGCCUCGUAAUGCCAUCUUCGUUUACUACCUUCCGCUACCGUGGAGCCAGAGAGCUAUCGCGCGAGCAGAUCGGCACAGUCACGCUUGACGUUGGAGAUGGUGUGAUUGGUAAUACCUUCCUCGACGACGUUAAGACACGAAUCUACAAGCUACAGAAUGAUUCCCUAAGCUCGAGCCCGGCGCAGCUACAGACAGGCAGUACUGAGGUAACUCAGCUCGUGCAAGACGUCCUUCGGCCCGUAGCACUCGAUGCGAUUCAUGAAAGAGAGGGGCGAGAUCGCUCUAUGCGCGCGACAGAGACGUACCCUGUUUUUAUUAUUUACAUCACACGCAGCCCAGGGAGGAGUUUUCUUGAGAUGACAAGCUAUCCUUAA